CAAAGCCUUGAGUGCUGCGGAGCCUUCCCCUCGUUCACCAAACCUCGCUUACCUUCUUGACCUUGCGACAUCUCACAAUGACCACUGAAGCUACGCCUAACAAUCCUCCUGUUCCGAUCGAGGAGUUGUCAAGGAUUGCGGCUGAGGCAUGCGACGCAACACUAGAAGGUGUUAGCAGCUAUGACCACGAGAAAGUUGGCCAAUGGAGCUCUCAAAUAAUCAACAAAAUCCUCCAAUCGCUAAUAUCAGCCACCACGUCCACUGGUUCCACAACCUCUCCAUCCCCAUCAGAGUCCAAACAACCCUCCUACCGUUUUACCGUGAACUGCACUGUAAUUCAACAAGGCCUCACCGACGCGCAAUCUUCAGACUCUAACCUAGGCGCGAACUCGGUCGAAGUUGCGGGGCGGCGUGGCAUGCACUCUGCGUCGGGCGCAUACUGGGAUAUCAAGCGCGACGGGAUGUGGACAUAUAAAUACCCAAAUGGAAUCGAGAAAGGGUUGGACUUGGUGCUAAAUGUUGUCUGGUUCGGCUCUUUUUGA